GGGAGAAAGGUGGUGUGCAGAGCGGCUUUUGUGCUCUUCCCAGGGUCGAAGCAGCAGCUGGCAGGCAAACAAGAUGGCAAUAAGAGCAUUCUGGACAACUUUAAAUAACAAGCAACGUUGAAAAGGGAAGAAAAUCAAGCCAGAAAUUAAAAUAUUUUCCAUUUCCUUCAGAAAAUCAUAUAAUGCUGCUCCUCCUCCAGCAGCUGUUAGGCAAAAGAAAAAAUCAAGAAAGAAUAAGGAGAUUAUGCAGAACUCAAGGAUACAUUACACGAAAAAUGAAGGCAGAUUUAUUUAUUAUUAAGCAAAAGAGAAAUAUCUGAAAGUCAGGAGGAAACUGUAAAGUAAAUUCACGUAGAACAGACAGUAAUACAGGCCUCUCCCUGUGAGGAAGAAAACGGGACAAGGCAUUGUCAUAUUUUAUCUCAAGAAUAUCAGCUGUGGAAAAGCUCCAUAAAUUUGUCGAUUGUGGGAAAAGCACAGAUUGCAAAUCACAGCUGAUGAUGCACAAGAGGACCCAGAAAGGAGAAAAACCAUACAAAUUACCUGAAUGUGGCAAAAGCUUUGGUCACAAUAGUUCCUUUCCGGUUCGUGGAAGCACCCAGACACAAGAGGGAAGCCACAAAAGUGCUCCCAAUGCAGUAAAUGCUUUAGUGAGCACAGCAACAUGGUGCUACAUCAGAUAACUCACAGGAGGGAGAAAACAUGACUUUGCAGAUUGUGUGAAAGUUUCGUUAGAAAUUCCCAGGUCAUGAGACACUAAAGGGCACACAUGCAGGAAUAAAACCAUUUGAAAAUCCUUUCUGCAGGAAAAGUUUCAGUGAGAAUUCCAUCCUGGUGAAGCACUCAAGGACUCACACAGAAGUGAAACCCUUUGAAUGUCCUGAUUGUGGAAAAAGUUUAAAUCACAAUUUCAGUCUGAUGUAUCAGAAGAUUUACACCAGGGAUAAGCUGUGUGAGUGUGUAGAUUGUGGGAAAAGCUUCAUGAGAAAUUUCCAUCUCACGAUACACCAGAGGAUUCAUAAAGGACAAAAACCUGUUCAAUGUCCUGACUGUGGGAAAAGUUUCAGUUGUAAUUCCCACCUCACUCCAUGGAGAAACCUUAUGAGUGUCAAGAUUGUGGGAAAGGUAUCAUUAGAAAUUCCCAUCCCCUCAGACAGAAGACCACACACACAGGAGAUAAACCCUUUGAAUGUCCUCAUUGUGGGAAAGGUUUUAGUGUGAGUUCCAGCCUGGUGAGACACCAGAGGACUCACACAGGAGAGAAAACCUUUGAAUGUCCUAUCUGUGGGAAAAGUUUAAGUGAUAAUUCCAGCCUGUUGACACACCAGAGGACUCAUACAGGAGAGAAACCCUUUGAAUGUCCUAUUCGUAGGAGAGGUUUUUGUGAUAAUUCCAGCCUAGUGAACCACCAGAGGACUCGCACAGGAGAGAAACCCUUUGAAUGUCCUAUCUGUGGGAAAAGGUACAGUCAGAAUUCCCACCUGGUGACACACCAGAGGACUCACGUAGGCGAAAAACCCUUUAAAUGCCCUAUCUGUGGAAAAAGCUUUAGUGAUAAUUCCAAUCUGGUGACACACCAGAGGACUCACACAGGAGAGAAACCCUUUGAAUGUCCUGAUUGUGGGAAAAGUUUUAGUCACAGUUCCAACCUGGUGACACACCAGAGGACUCACACAGGAAAGAAACUCUUUGAAUGUCCUAUCUGUAGGAAAGGUUUUUCUAAUAAUUCCCGCCUGGUGAAACACCAGAGGACUCACACAGGAGAGAAACCGUUUGAAUGUCCUAUCUGUGGGAAAAGUUUUAGUAAUAAUUCAAGCCUGGUGAAACACCAGAGGACUCACACAGGAGAGAAACCCUUUGAAUGUCCUAUCUGUGGGAAAAGGUACAGUCAGAAUUCCCACCUGGUGACACACCAGAGGACUCACACAGGCGAAAAACCCUUUGAAUGCCCUAUCUGUGGGAAAAGCUUUAGUGAUAAUUCCAAUCUGGUGACACACCAGAGGACUCACACAGGAGAGAAACCCUUUGAAUGUCCUAUCUGUGGGAAAAGUUUUUGUGAUAAUUCUACACUGGUGAAACACCAGAGGACUCACACAGGAGAGAAACCCUUUGAAUGUCCUAUCUGUGGGAAAAGUUUUAGUGAAAAUUCCAGCCUGGUGAAACACCAGAGGACUCACACAGGCGAGAAACCCUUUGAAUGCCCUAUCUGUGGGAAAAGGUUUAGUGCCAAUUCCAAUCUGCUGACACACCAGAGGUCUCACACAGGAGAGAAACCCUUUGAAUGUCCUAUCUGUGGGAAAAGUUUUAGUGAAAAUUCCAGCCUGGUGAAACACCAGAGGACUCACACUGGUGAGAAACCCUUUGAAUGCCCUAUCUGUGGGAAAAGGUUUAGUGCCAAUUCCAAUCUGCUGACACACCAGAGGUCUCACACAGGAGAGAAACCCUUUGAAUGUCCUAUCUGUGGGAAAAGUUUUAGUGAAAAUUCCAGCUUGGUGAGACACCAAAGGACUCACACAAGAGAGAAACCCUUUGAAUGUCGUAUCUGUAGCAAAGAUUUUCGUGAUAACUUCAGUUUGCUGAGACACCAGAGGACUCACACAGGAGAGAAACCCUUUGAAUGUCCUAUCUGUGGGAAAAGUUUUAAUGAAAAUUCCAGCCUGGUGAAACACCAGAGGACUCACACAGGAGAAAAACCCUUUGAAUGUCCUAUUUGUAGGAAAGGUUUUUCUGAGAAUUCCAGCCUAGUGAAACACCAGAGGACUCACACAGGAGAGAAACCCUUCGAAUGUCCUGAUUGUGGGAAAAGUUUUAGUCACAGUUCCAGCCUGGUGACACACCAGAGGACUCACACAGGAGAGAAACCCUUUGAAUGUCCUAUCUGUGGGAAAAGUUUUAGCGAAAAUUCCAGCCUGGUGAAACACCAGAGGACUCACACAGGAGAGAAACCCUUUGAAUGUCCUACUUGUGGGGAAAGCUUUUGUAAUAAUUCCAACUUGGUGAGACACCAGAGGACUCACACAGGAGAGAAACCCUUCGAAUGUCCUGAUUGUGGGAAAAGUUUUAGUCACAGUUCCAGCCUGGUGAAACACCAGAGGACUCACACAGGCGAGAAACCCUUUGAAUGCCCUAUCUGUGGGAAAAGGUUUAGUACCAAUUCCAAUCUGCUGACACACCAGAGGUCUCACACAGGAGAGAAACCCUUCGAAUGUCCUGAUUGUGGGAAAAGUUUUAGUCACAGUUCCAGCCUGGUGAAACACCAGAGGACUCACACAGGCGAGAAACCCUUUGAAUGCCCUAUCUGUGGGAAAAGGUUUAGUAUCAAUUCCAAUCUGCUGACACACCAGAGGUCUCACACAGGAGAGAAACCCUUUGAAUGUCCUAUCUGUGGGAAAAGUUACAGUCAGAAUUCCCACCUGGUGAAACACCAGAAGACUCACACAGGAGAGAAAUCCUUUGAAUGUCCUAUCUUUGGGAAAGGUUUUAGUGAUAAUUCCAGCCUGUUGACACACCAGAGG